AUGACGAAGCCCCCGAAGAGGAAAAAAGGAAAACCGCCUCCGUCGCAAACUUCGGGGGCGGAGGAGUCUACCGAUUCGGACUCUACGGAACGGGGCAGCAACUCCAAUGAAACACAGCAGGAUAAGUACACCCCUUACAGGGUCAUUGAUUAUAACAGGCGAUAUCCUGAGGACAGUGCAGCAGGCAGUGAGUUUGUUGUAUUUAUUGAGAGCACAGAUCCGAACAAAACCAUCGGUUCGAGAGACAUGAUGUACCUAAAUAACUGUUUUGUACGGUCAAUUAAAGGCAUCAAAUAUCUGAAGAAAGUCAACAAAUACAAAAUGGGAGUAGUGUUCGACAGACCGAAUAUGGCCAACGCCUUCUUAGAAAAUACCACUUUCUUAAGAGACCAAUGUUUAAAGGCCUCUAUUCCGGCAGGGAGUACCGAGCUCACUGGAGUUAUCACCGGUGUGCCCGCCGAAAUGAGCAACUAUCAAGUAUUCAAAGCCUUGGAAUCGAGCUCCAAAAAAAUUAUUUGUGUGAGACGUAUACUGAAAAAACAAAAGGUUGAUGAAGGUUUCAAACUAGAACCAACUCAAACUGUUACCAUUACUUUUGCUUCCUCGACUUGCUUGCCUGACUAUGUUUUCAUCAAAAUGUGGAGACUUCCUGUCCUCCCAUAUAUACCACCAGUUAAGCAAUGUUUCAAUUGCCUCAGAUAUGGUCAUAUGGCCAAAUUUUGCAAAAAUGCUCAACGUUGUUCGAUUUGUUCUGACAAACACAGUUUUAGAGAAUGCCAAGUUCCUGCUGAAAAGGCAGUAUGUGCUCAUUGCCAAGGAAACCACAUCUCUAUUUCAGGCGAAUGUCCUGUUAAAAAACUAAAGAUUGCAGAAAAUAAAAACAAAUAUACUAAAGCUAAAUUCUCAGAUCUAUUUAAUGCUCAAAAUUUCCCAUCACUUAAUAAGGCUGAACAAACAAAAAAUUUGCUUGACUUAUUCAUGUCUGACAAAACUAUAUUGAAUCUUAUUACAGAAACUAUAAUUAAAGUUAUUCAUUUAAAUAAAACCCAGAACACCAAUAUAAAUUCAAAAACAAUUACAGAUACCAUAAAGGAAACUUUUGAGUUUAAAAAUAAAAAUAAUCAAAAUUCACAAAUCAAGUCCUAA